UGUCCCAUUGUCCCCAAGGUGUCCCCCCCCCCAUACAGCCCCCAAUCUGUGCCCCAUAGAGCGCGCUGUGCGCAAUGGGUGACGCUGCUGCUGCUGGUGGUGAUGUUGGGCACAGCGUCACAUUGUCACCCUUGGGGUGUCCCCAACCCCAUCCCCAUGUCCCCAAGGUGUCCCAUUGUCACCCUGGGGGUGUCCCCAAGGUGUCCCAUUGUCACCCUGGGGGUGUCCCCAAGGUGUCCCAUUGUCCCCAAGGUGUCCCCCCCCCCAUACAGCCCCCAAUCUGUGCCCCAUAGAGCGCGCUGUGCGCAAUGGGUGACGCUGCUGCUGCUGGUGGUGAUGUGGGGCACAGCGUCACAUUGUCACCAUUGGGGUGUCCCCAAACCCAUCCCCAUGUCCCCCAGGUGUCCCAUUGUCCCCAAGGUGUCCCAUUGUCACCCUGUCCCCCCCCCAGCCACCAAGCUGUGCUUUGAGGGUCACAAUGUGCACAGAUUGGUGAUGCUGGUGGUGAUGUUGGCCACAGCGUCGCAUUGUCACCCUUGGGGUGUCCCCAACCCCAUCCCAUUGUCCCCCAGGUGUCCCAUUGUCCCCAAGUGUCCCAUUGUCACCCUGUCCCCCCCCCCAGCCACCAAGCUGUGAUCUGAGGGUCACAACGUGCACAGAUUGGUGAUGCUGGUGGUGAUGUUGGCCACAGCGUUGUCACCCUGGGGUUGUCCCAUUGUCCCCAAGGUGUCCCAUUGUCCCCUCCUCCGUUGUCCCCCCCCUUUCCCCACAGCCACCAACCUGUGCUUUGCGGAGCGCAACGUUUACACCUCGGAGGUGCUGGCAGUGGUGACCCAGCAGCUGUUGGAUCAGAAUCCGCUCCCAGUGCUGCUGAUGCGCACCGUCAUCCAGGCUUUGGCCGCUUACCCCCGCCUGGGGGGUUUUGUCAUGAACGUGUUGUCCAGGCUGAUCAUGAAGCAGGUGGGGCUGUCCGUCCGUCCGUCUGUCUGUCCGUCUGUCCCUCUGUCUGUGUGUUGUCCGUCCGUCCGUGUGUCUGCGUGUCCAUCUGUGUGUCCAUCCAUUCAUCCUUCCUUCCUCGGCGGCUUCGUCACGGACGUGUUGUCCAGGCUGAUCGUGGAGCAGGUGGGGCUCUCUGUCUGUCCUUCUGUCCAUCCGUCCGUCUGUCUAGCUGUCCGUCUGUCCCUCUGUCUGUCUGUCCAUCCGUCCGUGUGUCUGUGUGUCCAUCCAUCUGCUUGUUCUGUUCAUCCAUCCUUCCUCGGCGGCUUCGUCACGGACGUGCUGUCCGGGCUGAUCGUGGAGCAGGUCGGGCUGUCUGUCCUUCUGUCCGUCUGUCCGUCUGUGUGCCUGUCCGUCUGUCCCUCUGUCUGUGUGUCCGUCCAUCCGUGUGUCUGUGUGUCCAUCUGUCUGCUUGUUCCAUCCGUCCAUCCAUCCUUCCUCGGCGGCUUCGUCACGGACGUGCUGUCCAGGCUGAUCGUGGAGCAGGUGGGGCUGUCUGUCUGUCCUUCUGUCCAUCCGUCCGUCUGUCUAGCUGUCCGUCUGUCCCUCUGUCUGUGUGUCCGUCCGUCCGUGUGUCUGUGUGUCCAUCCGUCUGCUUGUUCCAUCCAUCCAUCCAUCCAUCCAUCCCUGGGCGGCUUCGUCACGGACGUGCUGUCCAGGCUGAUCGUGGAGCAGGUGGGGCUGUCUGUCUGUCUGUCCAUCCAUCCAUCUGUCUGUGUGUCCAUCCAUCCAUCUGUCUGUCUGUAUGUAAGUCUGUCUGGGUGUCCAUCCAUCCGUCCGUCCGUCCACCCAUCCCUGGGCGGCUUCGUCAUGGACGUGUUGUCCAGGUUGAUUGUGGAGCAGGUGGGGCUGUCUGUCUGUCUGUCCUUCCGUCCAUCCGUCCAUCUGUCUAGAUGUCUGUCUGUAAGUCUCUCUGUGUGUCCAUCCGUACAUCUGUCUGGAAGUCUGUCUGGGUGUCCAUCCAUCCGUCCGUCCAUCCACCCAUCCCUGGGCGGCUUCGUCAUGGACGUGUUGUCCAGGCUGAUUGUGGAGCAGGUGGGGCUGUCUGUCCGUCCAUCCAUCCGUCUGUCCCUCUGUCCCUCUGUCUGUCUGUCCGUCCGCCUGUGUGUCCGCAUGUCCAUCUGUGUGUCCGUCCAUCCAUCCUUCCUUCCUCGGCGGCUUCCUCACGGACGUGCUGUCCAGGCUGAUCGUGGAGCAGGUCGGGCUGUCUGUCUGUCUGUCCUUCUGUCCAUCUGUCCGUCUGUCUAGCUGUCCGUCUGUCCCUCUGUCUGUGUGUCC